AUCACUGCCGUCCGUUCGUGGGCUUUAAAUCUUAAUACGACAAUUUCCUUAAUCCUAAGUCACUAGUCUAAUUCAGUAUUAGACUGGUCAAACUAUGUAACUUUGGGCACGUUCUACUUUCCUUAUAGCUGGGCUCUGCUAGCGGGCAUGCUGCCCUGCCACUGCUACGGCCAUUAACUGCUGCGGCACUUCCGUCACCAGACUCAACUGCAGAGACGAUGGGCAUUUUGGAGGCAUUACGAACGUCGUCAUCUCGCCGUGAAAUCAGAUCCGAAAACCGCGUCGGCUGCUUGUCCGGCAUCUUCCACUUCCUCUCCCGUCAACACAACCGCUCCCUCAAACGCCUCACCUCCGCUAAGAAAACGGAGAACUCCACCGUCACGAUUACCUUGCCUCCGCCUCCUCCGCCGACGACAGUGAAGACGAUGGAUGCCGGCCGGCGACCCUGCGAGACUACGCGGAGCCCGACGAUCCCACUGCCGCCCACCGUCGCCGCGAUUCCGGACAGCCCGCGGCGCCCGCCGACGGUGGUGGCGAGGCUAAUGGGGCUCGAGGAGGACACACCCGCCCCCUCGAUGGCUGCCACGCCACCGGAGGAGGACAAGCGGCAGGAGCUACUUCAUGCGCUGGAGAAGUGCGACGAGGACCUCAGGGCCCUGAGGCGGAUCAUCGAGGCCGUCCGCGCGAAUGAGGCCGCCUCCCCCGUCGUAUCGGCGGCGCGCCGGGUCGAACCCGGCGCUGGUAUUUCGAGCAAGGAGCGCUGCGACGGCGGCGAUCAACCGAGCCCCGUUUCGGUUCUCGAAGCGAUAUCGUCCCCUCGAUCUCGCGACAGUCUCUCCCCAAAUGGUAAGUGUACCACGCAGCAGGCGACGCCAUUCAUCGCGACCAAGAUCCCGAGGCCAUCGCCUACCAGCGUCCUCUUCGUAGAUAGUAGAGGAGACGACAACAAUAAAGUGACAUUGUCCGACGAUGCUCAAAGCUGCUCCUUCGACCGUCGGAAGGUGCUCGACGAAACGCCCAAGUGCAACGCGAUCGUCGAGAUCACACAGCCGAGCAAGGGCAGGGGCAUGGCGCGGUGUCGCAGGUGGCCCAGAAGGAGUUGGGCGACGGCCAAGCGUAGUGUGGGCGAGAGAUGGGAGGACAGAUUUGGAGAGGUGGAGAAUUUGGGCGUGUUGGUGGAGCUUGACAUCCUGUGGGAAAUGGUGGAGGAGUUGGUGGUGGACAUGCUUGAAUUGUGUUGGAAUUUGCCGUCGCGGUCAUUCGAGUCUGGAUGUAGGUGCAGGAAGAGUUUGUGUUUCUAGUCUCUGUUGCGUAGUGGAUCGUGUUGUAGUUUGUCACCCAUCGAGGGACUCUGAUUUUUCAAUUGUUUAGAUUUUGCUCGAUUAAGUUUUAGAGAUGGACGGGUUCGAGAUUCAAAAUAUACUUUACACUUUCUAAA